GUAGCCCGUAGACCCGCAGUGAGUCCGGCACCGCAGCUGUGUGGGCACGCGCCGCGUUCCUCCGUCUGUUACUUCGCAUUGUCACGCGAUUGUGUUGUGUUGUGGUUGGUUACUGUAUGAUAAAAGUGAGAUUCCGCUAAACGUCAUGAACAAAAAAUCACAUAAGAAGAAGCAAAAGAAGAGAGGCAAAGGCGAUGUUCGGAACAAGGAGAACAUUAUCGAGGCGGAGGUUGAGGUGGAGAUCCCGCCACCGCUCGAGAAGCUGUGCUACGAGAUCAGACAAUCAGAUGUUAUGGGCAGAUACGUGGUGGCGGGCCGCGACAUCCGCGCCGGUGAGGUGAUCAUCGAGGAACCGGCCAUCGCAGUGGGGCCCUGCACCGGCUGCGGGCUCAUCUGCCUCGGAUGUUACCGGGAGCUAGAUGAUGCUAGCUUGUUUAAAUGUCGAGGUUGCAAAUGGCCUAUGUGCAGUGGCUCGUGUCCUGGACAGGGGAAGUACACUGGCCACUCCACGUACGAGUGCGAUACAUUGAAGAACGUGCCUCCGGAUUACACCAACCUCGAGGACUUGAAAGAUUCCUAUCAGGCAUUAAUGCCUUUAAGAUGUCUCCUGCUAAAAAAAGCAGACCCUGAGAAAUGGACAGCGCUGUCAGCCAUGGAGUCGCACAACGAGAUGCGGCGCGCCAGGGGCGACAUCUGGCCCAUGAACGACAAAAACGUCGUGCAGAGAAUCAACAAGUGGGGCUUGGACUACGCUGCGGAGGAGAUACACACAGUGUGCGGUAUACUGGAGGUAAACGCCUUCGAGGUGGGAGGUAGCGGCGCAAACGCUCGAGCUCUGUACGACCGCGCGUACCUCCUGGCGCAUGACUGCACUCCCUCGACGACCCACACGGACGCGGAGAGAGUGCCGGGAAGGCCUCUCACGAUCCGAGCCUCUAUACCUCACAAAGCUGGCGACCUCAUAUCCUUGUGCUACGCUUAUACAUUACAGGGUACACUUAAAAGGCGGGAGCACAUAAAGCACAGCAAGUUCUUCGAGUGCGCGUGCCGGCGCUGCGCCGACCCCACCGAGCUGGGCACGUACGCCAGCGCGUUCCGCUGCCCGCGUUGCGGCGGCCGCGUGCUGUCCACUGCCCCGCUGGACCCUGGCGCGCCCUGGAGCUGUAGAGAUAAUGGCUGCCAAUACACCAUGCCCGCUGCCGCUGUCCAGCUGCUGCUAAGGAAGUUGACAGACGAGUUCGAGCUGAUAGAUGCAAACGACGUGCCCGGCUUCGAGAGCUUCCUGCACAAGUACAGGAACGUGAUCCACAAUACGCACUACCUCAGCCUGUCCGCGAAGCACUCGCUCAGCCAGCUGUACGGGAAGGUGGCCAACUACAUGAUCCAUCAGAUGCCAGACCUAGAGCUGAAUCGGAAGAUCGAGAUCUGUCGGGAUCUGAUGAAGGUGUUCGACGUUAUUGAGCCGGGAUAUUCGAGGUUACGAGGUGUUACGCUGUACGAACUUCACGCGCCACUGAUGAUAUUAACAACGAGGGACUUUGAGAAGAAAGCUAUUUCCAAAGAAAGUCUCAGGAAUCGCCUUAAAGAGAUUGUGAAAUACCUCACGGAAUCGGCGUUAAUUCUGGGCUUUGAACCACCGCAGUCUUCCGAGGGUUUGAUGGCUUCCGCAGCUCGGGAGGCAUUGAAAAAGAUCAAAACUUGGGAACAGAUCAUAGGGAAGAUUUCAACAAUGGUGGAACAAGGAGCCUGCGCGGUAUGCCUGUCGCCAGCUCUCCAGAAAUGCUCGGGUUGCCAGACAGUGCACUAUUGCACCAAAGACCAUCAGAAGCAGGACUGGAAGCUGCAUAAGUUCCAGUGCACUCCAGCAAGAGUGAAGGAGGAUGACAAGUUGGGAAGGUACUUGGAAGCGUCCCGGCAGAUCAAGUCAGGAGAUGUGGUGCUGAAGGAAAAGCCUCUGAUUACUGGACCCGCGCAGGUUACACCACCAGUUUGCCUCGGCUGCUACACUCUAUUAGAAGAGGGUAAGACAGUGACUUGCGAGAAAUGCGGCUGGCCGUUCUGCUCUCAAGGGUGCACCAAGAACGAACUGCACAAGCCUGAGUGCCAUUACACACAGCAAAGAGGGGAAAAGGUACACAUCACAAACUUCGGCAUCCCCCACCCAAACUACCAGUGCAUCACGGUAUUGCGCUGCCUAUACCAGCGAGACCACGACGAGAAGCUGUGGGCCAAACUGCAGGCCCUCCAGUCACACUGUGAGGACAGGAAAGGCACGGAAAAAUGGAAUUAUGAUCGGAAGAUGAUAGCUGAAUUCAUCUGGAAGUUCUUUAAGCUAGAUGGAACAUUUAGCGAGGACGAGAUUAUGAAAUGUUGCGGAAUUUUACAGAUCAAUGGUCAUGAAGUUCCUCUAAUGGAGCCGGAGUAUUUAGCAGUGUUCGACCGCAUCUCGAUGGUGGAACACAACUGCAAGGCCAACUGUAACAAGAGCUUUACUUCUGACGGACAAAUUAUCCUCUGCGCCGGACAAGAUAUUCCCGCGUCUGCGCACAUCACGGUCUGCUACACCGACCCGCUGUUUGGCACGGAGGGCCGCCGUCAUCACCUCGCAGACUCCAAGUUCUUCGAGUGCUCAUGCGAGCGGUGCAGCGACGUCACUGAGCUGGGCACUAUGUACAGCGCUGUUAAAUGCAAGAAGAAAGGAUGCAAAGGCUACCUCCUCCCAGAAACCUUCAUGGUCCCGAUCUUGCACAAGACAAAGAACCCAAACCCAGAGACCAGGAAUCUGGACAACAAAUUCUGGAACUGCAACAGCUGUAAAGACUCGGUGUCGGACGCUAUAAUACAGCAGCUAUUGCAGGAUAUAGGGAAAGAGCUCAGUGCCAUGCCGAAGGACGACGCUGAUGCUUGUGAGAGGUUCAUAGAACACUGUGGUAGCUACCUCCACCCAUCCCACUACUACAUGACGGACGUGAGCAUCGCGCUGGCUCAGCUGAUAGGUCAGCAGCAGGAGGACGGCCUGACCACUGUCUCGGACGACAGGCUGUUGCUUAAGACACAGCUGUGCAGGAAGAUCGCUGAUCUACUGGAAGUAUUGGCGCCAGCUGAGACCCGACUUCGUGGAACGAUACUGUUCGAGCUGCACGCGGCUAUAGCAGAGACCGGCAGAAGACGAUCCCUGACAGAAGGUCCCAUGGUGAUGUUGGGAUAUGUCACGGAAUCGAAGAAGGUCCUCCUGGAGUCAGCGGUGCUCCUCCGCCACGAGCCGCCAGAACUGCCCGAGGGUCGUCUGUCGCAGCAGGCCAAGAUCAACCUCAUGCAGAUGGAAGACCUCAUCAGAACCAUGUCCAAUGCGUUACCGUCACCCUUGUAAUCAAUAAUAAAGAGUGUUUCUGUAA